ACAGAAGCACCCUGAAAAUCAACUCACAAAGAUCUAUCCCCAGAGCUAUUGUCAACCGCCACGCCGCGCCGUACGCAAAAGUGCGAGGUCAACUACAUACCGUCCGCUCCACCUCCCUCAGCAUCAACCCACCGGGUCCAAGUCUUGAAGUUACUACUGCAGCAGCAGCCAGCCACUGGGUCAACCAAACGAAACGCAAAAUGCAGACAAACUCGGGCCGGGAGAAUCAGUGUCAACUUCAGUGCGGUCAGGAACAGAACUUUGGUGUCGCGCUGAUUUGAAUUCUUGGCGAAACUUUUAGAUGAGAUUUGUGCUGUGUGUUGUAUAAGAAGUUGAUAGGCUAUUACGGGCGCACUUAGUUCGAACGCGACAAACGUCCAGUGCAGAAGUGGUGGAAUAAUGUGAGUUUGAGAUCUUUUCAUCUAUAUUGAGUUUUUUUUGUUGUUGCUUUUUGCUGGUUGGUUCUUGUGGGUUUGCUGUUUUACUUGGUGCUGCAACAUAUUUCGAGUGAACGAGAAUACACAGCAAAGUUUGGGGCGAGAUCGCAUUCGGAGGAGUUUUUCAUGCAAAAAAACAAACUUGCUACCUUCCCCUGGAACAGCAUCCAUCAACGUUGGGGACGGCCUCUUCCAACGAAACUAACAUCCAUGGCAUAUUGUUGAAAAGUUGAAAGCACCACCAGGGCGAACGGUUUUCGGUGGUCCAAACCAAACAUCCCACGUGGCACAUAUGCUGCUGCCGCAUCCGUCCUUGCAUAUGUAGACAGCGUAUGCGAGCAGAACCGAGCUGAUUACCGACUGAACGACAGCUUUUCGCCGCCCUUUAACAGGAAGCUGCUUGUUAUUAAAACUAAAACAGGAUUGGAAACAUUAGCGUUGCAGUAAAUAACUAACACGCUCGGUGCAUCAUUACCACUGCACGGAACACACCGUCGGCGGUAUUUACAUAUACGUAUCCCGAAGAAAAGGCAGAGUACGGCAGAGCAAAGUUUCGAUUCCAGACCAGGUCGACCGCUUUGGCAACGAGACCUCCGUGAUGAGCACCAAAUUCACCCGGGCACUUUUACUGGAGUGCUACUUUAUCGCUCUGCUGCUCGCAUCAAUCAAUGCCGAAGAAAAAUGGUCCUGGUCCAAGAAUGACAACGGAGGCAACAAUGGUGGGAACAACUAUCUCAGCAGUGGCAGCAACAGCAACAGAGACACUAUCCCCGACAGGACCAACGUUCGCAGCGAUGUCAUCCAGUUUCAGGAUGCGAAGCGACCUGCGGCGGACGACGACAGGAGGAGAUAUAAUCCACAACAGGACGUUCGACAAGGCCGCUACGAGGUGAAGGAAACCACAACACGGAGGCCAUCGUUUGGCAAACCGCUGAGCGACGAAUUUUCCGGAGAAGUAAACGGUCCAAACAAGCCGAACGACUUUGGACUUAACCAGCGAUUUGGCGGCCCAACCAAUGGACAGUUCCCUCUCAAUCCAUACGGAGGAAAUCCUGGAUUUGGUGGCGCUAAUCCUUACUUUGGAGGUGGUGGCUUCCCCCAGCAAGGCGGUUUUGGCGGUGCAGGAUACGGUGGAGGCAAUGGAAUUCUGGUUGGACCAGAAGGGCCGACUGGAAUUAUUGGGCGACCGUAUAAAGGAUAUCCUGGUGGAUUUUCCGGUGCCGGUGGUUACGGACCUUACCCCGGAUAUGGAAAUCAGGGAGGUUUCGGGCGGCCAGGAGGCGGUUACUAUCCACAAGGUGGUCAUUAUCCAGGAGGUGGAUUCUAUGGCGGUGGACAAGGCGGUCAGUUCGGACCGGGCCAGUUCGGUCCUGGACAGUUUGGACCAGGGCAAUAUGGAGCAGGACAGUAUGGUGGAGGGCAAUUCGGACCAGGACAAUUCGGGCAAGGACAAUUCGGUCCAGGGCAGUUUGGCCCAGGUCAGUUCGGACCAGGACCAAUCGGAGGGGGAGGUCAUAACUCGAUUGGUGGAUUUGGACCUGUUGGAGGAGGAUUUGGGGGACCUUUUGGCCCACAAUUCGAUCAAGCAAAGCAAGCCACAAAAAAGAUUGAGAAAUCGCUUUGAAGGGCAGAAAGUUGUUGACCUUGUGAUAUGUUGUUGAACACAUUGAAAUUCGAAUAAAAAUC